CUCCCCAGAUUGUGUUUGCGCGGGAGUAUCUGGAGGAGGUGUCCAUCGGCGAGCGCCAGGUGCGGUACCUGGUUGAGGAGGCGCGGCGCGGCGGCGUGCAGGGCCACCGCGCGGAGCUGUUUGGGGUGCGGGUGGCCAAGGCCAGCGCGGCGCUGGAGGGGCGGGACAAGGUGGAGCCCGAGGACCUGCAGAAGGCGGUGCAGCUGGUCAUCCUGCCGCGGUCCACCAUCAUGGACAUGCCGCCGCCAGAGGAUGAGCAGCCGCCGCCGCCGCCGCCGCCGCCGCCCCAGGACGAGCAGCAGCAGGACGAGGAUGAGCAGGAGCAGGACGAGAGCGAGGAGCAGGACGAGGAGCAGGAGCAGCAGAACGACCAGAUCCCGGAGCAGUUUAUGUUUGAGAGCGAGGGCGUGAUCCUGGAUCCAUCCAUCCUCAUGUUUGCGCAGCAGCAGCAGCGGGCACAGGGGCGCACCGGGCGCGCCAAGACCAUGAUCUUUUCCGACGACCGAGGCCGCUACAUCAAGCCCAUGAUUCCCAAGGAGAACAAGUUUGUGUCCACCGGGUUUGCCGAGGAGAUUGCCAAGGCGGCCAACGGCAAAUACUACUACCUGCCGCAAGCUUCGGAUGCGGCGAUCGCGGCGGCCACUGCGUCUGCCAUGGCAGAGGCCAAGGGCUAA